AUUAAAUGAUUUUCCCCAUUCUUUAGGGUUUCUGAGAUUUUCAGAAGUUCAUCAUCAAUGGACGCUUCGAAGAAAAGAAGAAAGGAAACUGAAGAGUUAUAUUUCCGUGAUGAAGAAUCAGAGAUUUCAUCUUCUUCUGCGCCGGUAGUUAUAUUUGCUCACGGUGCCGGAGCUCCCUCUUCUUCCGACUGGAUGAUUCGAUGGAAGGAUAAGCUAAAGAAGAGCUUAUCAGCCGUUGAAGUUAUCACCUUUGAUUACCCUUAUAUUGCUGGAGGGAAGAGAGGAGUUCCUCCAAAAGCUGAAAAACUAGUUCAAUUUCAUUUAGAUAUUGUCAAAGAAACUGCUGCUAAGUUCCCUGGUCAUCCUUUGAUAUUGGCUGGUAAAUCAAUGGGUUCGAGAGUAAGCUGCAUGGUAGCCAUGGAUGAAGAUAUUCAAGUUUCAGCUGUAAUAUGCUUGGGAUAUCCACUUAAGGGCACGAAAGGUUCAAUUAGAGAUGGGACCUUGUUGGAAAUGGGAAUCCCUGUUAUGUUUGUGCAGGGUAGCAAAGAUCCUAUGUGUCCACUGGAUAAGCUCCAAGAUGUUUGCGACAAAAUGAAAGGUGCGACUGAGCUGCAUGUCAUCGAUGGUGGAGAUCACUCCUUCAAGAUUGGGAAGACGCACCUGGAAACAAAAGGUUUGACACAAGAUCAAGUUGAAGAUGUCGCUCUGCAAGCAAUUGCAGCUUUUGUCUCCAAAUCUCUUGCUUUCUGAAAAUUCAUUAUAGUAACCGUUAAACCAGGCUGGAUCAAUUUUUUUUAAUGUGACCAUGAAUGCAAAGUACUUUGUCUCAAUGAAUCAGAGAAAGUUGCGGGUU